AUGGUAACCAACCCAGACCACAAGGUCAACUUGAGCCUGGAAGCUCUGGCCGACCUCCAGGUCCCCUCCGACCUUUGCAUUUCUCCUGACGCCACCAGGAUUGCCUACAAAUUACGACCUUUCAGCAAGAAGGACGAAAAUGCCACCUCGUCAAUCUGGAUAGCGGAGGUUGGCAAAGAAAAAAGUACUCGUCAAUUCACCUCCGGCUUGUGCAACGAUGAACUGCCACAGUGGUCUCCAGAUGGAACUUCUCUUGCAUUCAAAUCUGAUCGGGGCCACCCGGGCAAAGGCUCAACUGUAUAUGUGAUGUCAGUAAAUGGAGGUGAAGCAUACCCCAUUACACCUGUCGAUGAUGAGAAACCCAUUACCGCAUUUGAAUGGAGUCCCGACGGCGCGUAUAUUGCAUUUACCAGUGCAGACGAGAAGACAACCGAACAGGUCCGCAAGGAGGAAGAACAAGACGAUGCCACUGUCUGGGGAGAGAACUUAGAACACCACCGUCUCAAAGUUGCUCAUAUAGCGACAAGACAGGUCCAGACAAUUGUCUCCGGCGAUAAACAUGUGCAUGACUUCUCUUGGAGUCCUGACUCGAAACAAAUUAUCUACAUCGAGCAUAAAGACCCGGACGUGAACUCUGCUGGGUUCUAUGGUGCCAAAAUAUGCAUUGUAUCUCUCUUCGGCAUAAAGUCGAGCGUUGUCACGAAAUUCCCCGGUCCAAUUUACCAGGUUGCAUGGGGAAACUCUGGCAUCUACUUCAUUGCAGGUGUCAAUCCAAAGCAUUGGGCGACUUCCCUUUCACUGUACCAGCUUGAUUAUCAAAAUGGCUCAUAUACAGAGCAGGAAUCGGAAGAGAGUUGUUGCGACAGUAUUCAGAAGAAUCAAUCUUCUCUCGCGUAUCAUGUUCAGAAUAAUCUUCAUGAUGAGAUUCUCUCAAUCGAUGGUGGCAAUCAUACCCUCAUCCAUCGUGGGGAGUAUGAUAUAGCCUCAUUCGAUGUCUCCAGGACAGCAAAGAAUACCGUCAUUGCGAUCACCAAAGGUGACGGGUCGAAUCCAGAGGAAGUCUUCUCUGUCACUGAGUCUGAAGGUAUAGUCAAAUUAUCAGAUCACAAUUCUUCCAUUGCCGCCCUUGAGAUAUCCAAGACUUUCUCUAUCUCGGCGACCGCGUCAGACGGUUACUCGCUCGACGGCGUGAUAUACGUUCCUUCCAAGUAUAAAGCAGAGGAUGGACCCCUCCCUACCGUUCUCCUCCCGCACGGAGGGCCAUACUGGCGUGUGAAUAUCGGCUUUUCUGUCUGUCACUGUCUCGAGGUUCCGCCCCUGGUCUCAGCUGGAUACGCCGUUCUCUGUCCAAACUACCGUGGCGGAAGUGGAAGAGGCGAAAAGCACGCCGCAUAUUCUCGUGGAGGGAUGGGAAAAUUUGACUACACAGAUUGUAUCGACAUUCUUCGAAACUGCAUUGACAAGGGUCUCGUGGACUCUUCGCGCGUGGCGAUAGGUGGUUGGCCGAACGGCGGGUUUUUAUCCUAUCUUGCAGUCACCCGCGACGAUUUUCAAUUCCGAGCAGCCGUAUGUGGCGCGGGAAUCGUGGAUUGGGACGUUAUGACGAUGACGAGCGAUGCAUACUGGCUUGAUAUUGAUUUGACUGGCGGCGCGCCAUGGGAUGUGGAUGUGAAUGCAGUACCUGAUGGCACGGAUUUGAAAUCAUCGAAGAAAUGGUUACGGGAUACGACUGGACGAUGGGGAAGCCCAUUAUGGCAUAUGCGUAAUGUGAAGACACCCGUCUUGAUUGUUCAUGGUGAGAACGAUGUGCGUGUGCCCUUGUCACAGGCUAUUGCCUUUUACCGGGCGUGUAUCCACAAUGAUCUGGCCGUCGAUAUGGUGACUUAUCCUCGAGAAGGACAUUUUAUUACUGAGAGGAAACAUGUUAUUGAUAUGUGGAAGCGGAUGAGACGGUUUUAUGAUAUGCACUUGCAGUGA